UUAAUUCAUUAGGUUCAUUCCCUGAACAGCCUAUGGAGAAAAGCUGCUGAAUAGUGAAUGAAGGUAGAGCUUACUAAACCAAAAUGCUCUUGGUCUCAAGUUCUAGAAUGGGAAGAGAUAAUUAUGUAGCUGGUAAGAGUUGAUGCAUAAUUUUUAGAUGAUGUAAUAAAGAGCAGAGGAAAGACAAAUAAACCUUGAACAAUUAUAUGAUCAUCUACAUUAUGAGUGAUGUACUUCAAUAUUUCCUGUGCCAAUUUUCAGAAUGGGCAGAGAUAACUGUGUAACUGAUAAGACAGUUAAUGCAAAAUUAUUAGUCAAAGACUCUUGUAUCUUAAACAUAUACUGAGGUUAAGAAAUACAUUAAUUUUGCCAAUAUUCAAUAACACCCCCCUUUUAACUUUUUCGCUGUCUGUUACCGAGUGACUGGAAUGGUAACUCGUUGAAAAGCGUGUAAACAAAGGCCAUCCCGCUGCCAGUGCCGGGUGUUGAUGGGACGGCCUCACUUCAGUGCCUUGUGCCUCACUGACAGGGUGUACAGGAUUGCUAAGGUGAGACUAUGUGCUCUGACUACCUUCCUGGACUAUUCAGCAAGUGUGUGGGCCAACUUCAAGACCAUGAGUGCUUCUCCAUCCUCUGAGUUGCCCCAGACACAGAACACUCCUCAGCGCGCCAAGUGCCUGUUCUGUCGGAUAUGCGAUGGCCUGGAGCCAAGCAAUAUUGUGCACCAGGAUGAAGAGUUUGUGGUGUUCCCUGACAUCCGGCCGGCAGCGCCUCAUCACUAUCUAGUGUUGACGCGGGAGCACAUCACUGAUGCUAAGUGCCUCACCAAGGAGCACAUCCCCAUGGUGGAGAAGAUGAUUGCUCUGAGCAAGGAGGUCUUGAUUACACAGGGUGGCUCAACAGACACAGCAAGGUUAGGCUUCCACUGGCCGCCCUUCCACUCAGUAAGCCACCUGCACCUGCACAUCAUCGCCCCCGAGAGUGAAAUGGGGUUGAUAGGCCGGGCCAUGUUCAAGUCCAGCUCCUUCUGGUUUGUGACGCCAGAGAAGGUGAUAGAACAGCUGCAGAAGAAGGCCUAGUGUUCACCGGUGGUUGGCUGUCUAUGGACCAGCCUUCUGUUAGUGGCUGUGUGAUGUGUAACCAAAUGUCAGGAAAUUUUAGGUGGGGGGAGGCCAAAGUAACAAAUGGUGAGGUGAAUCUGAUGACACAAGACUUGCUCACAGGUAGAAUAGGAGAAUGGCUGUGUGUGUGUGUAAUAAUGCUGGAGAUUAUUAAUGACAUAUGGUAACUUAGAUGAUGGGUGGACAAUGACAAUGUUACAAGUAGAUUUUUGUUUUCUUUUUUACAUAAAGAUAUACUUGAUUGUGUAAUGAGCUAGUCCUUCAGGUGUAGGAUGCAGGAAGAGAAGGGUGAGGUGAUGGCUUUGGCUUGAGCAGUGAGUGGUGCCUGCUAAGUGGGGGUUUUCCAUACGUAAUUUACGAAUUCGCACAUAUUCCAUUAUAUUCGAUAUGCAUGUUUCAGAGGCAUUAUGCUUGCAGUUCUGUAGGUGUACAUAGGUUGUUGUUAUUGGUAUUUUGAUUCCUAGGUGCUUCUAGUUACUAAUCAGGGGAUGUAUGUUGUUUGAUGGGCAUUGUUAUUGUAGGGGGUUAGUAAGAAAAGUUAUAUUUUUGUGUAGAUUAGUAAUUUUCCUCCUUCAAAACCAAAAUAAAAAGAUAAUGGGC